GUGUUUUUAAAAAAAGUGGAAUAAAGACAAAAACAGAGACACACCAUAUUAAUGCCUUUCACCGAAUAUUAAACAAGACAGGACACAACCAUCGUCCUCCUCCUCCGUCUCUUUUUUCGUUUUCUGAGUAAUCCGUCGACUUCUCGUCUUUGAUUUGAAUCUGAAUCAAACAAAACACGCCAUCUCCAAGUCUGUAUAACAGAUAGAUCGAAAAGGCGUAAAUCAUCUAGCUACAACUGAGGAAGAAGGGCUUAGGACUCACCAUGGCUCCGGGAGGCAGUGCUUUGAAAGAAGUCCUUGAAUCUAACUCAACAGGAAUGGAUUAUGAGGUUAAAACAACGAAAGUGGAAGUUAGUAAUAGUAAUAACAGCAAAUCUACAAAGUCUGGUGGUGCAGGAACUGGAAAAUAUGGGAUGCAUUCCAACAAUGGUGUCUACGAGCUUCUUGAAUGUCCAGUUUGUACAAACUUAAUGUACCCUCCAAUUCAUCAGUGUCCAAAUGGUCACACGUUAUGUUCAAACUGCAAAGCGAGAGUGCAGAACACGUGCCCUACAUGUCGCUACGAGCUUGGUAACAUAAGAUGCUUAGCUCUCGAGAAAGUUGCAGAGUCAUUGGAAGUUCCAUGCCGGUACCAGAGUUUGGGGUGUCAUGACAUCUUCCCUUACUACAGCAAGCUUAAGCACGAGCAGCAUUGCAGGUUUAGGCCUUACGCUUGCCCUUAUGCUGGCUCUGAGUGUUUGGUUACAGGUGAUAUCUCCACGCUAGUUGUUCAUCUUAAAGAUGAUCAUAAAGUCGAUAUGCAUGACGGCUGCACUUUCAACCACCGUUAUGUGAAAUCAAAUCCACAUGAAGUCGAAAAUGCUACAUGGAUGCUUACGGUGUUCAACUGUUUUGGGAGGCAGUUCUGUUUACACUUUGAGGCUUUCCAGCUAGGGAUGGCUCCAGUGUACAUGGCAUUUCUUCGUUUCAUGGGAGAUGAAAACGAGGCAAAGAAGUUCAGUUACAGCUUGGAAGUAGGAGCCCAUGGACGUAAACUAACAUGGCAAGGGAUCCCUAGAAGCAUCCGUGACAGUCACAGGAAAGUCCGUGACAGUCAAGACGGUCUCAUCAUCCCAAGAAACCUCGCACUCUACUUCUCUGGAGGUGAUAGGCAAGAACUCAAGUUGAGGGUAACCGGUCGAAUCUGGAAAGAAGAGUAAACCGGAACGCAAAGAAACAACGGAUUGAUUUGAAAAGUUGAUGUACAUAAGAAGCAGCCUCUCUUGGAGAGAUAAUGAUCAUAUGGAAGAUUUGAAAUUUCUUGUAUGGUUGUAGUAUGCUAUAAUGGAUUCUUCUCCAAUGGGGAUGGAGUUGAGAUGACGAUGAUGAUGAUGAUAAUCUUCUAUGAUGAAUCAGUUUGGAGGGAGCCAUUGUUAGCAUUUUGUGGCUGCAAGAAUAAUAUUGUCUCUGUACUUUUGGGUAUUUUUUUUUUUGGUUUCAGACAGGGAAUGUAGAAAAGACAUGAUUUUGACUAUGUUCUUGUUGUAAAACCAUGUCCGAAACCGUUUGGUGCAUUUUUGUUUUGUUUACAA